CAUAAAACAACUCAUACCGGGGAAAAACCCUAUGAAUGUAAGCAAUGUGGGAAAGUCUUCAGUAGGCUCAGCUCUCUUGGAAAACAUAAAAAAAAAGUCAUAAAGGAAUGAAGCCUCAUGAAUGUAAGGAUUGUGGUAAAACAUUCUAUGAUCCCUAUUACUUUCGAGAUCAUGAAAGAAUCCAUACUGGGUCGAAACCCUAUGAAUGUAAGCAUUGUGAUAAAGAUUUCUCUUGUCGAACUUCCCUCCGACGUCAUGAAAGAAUUCAUACUGGGGAUAAACCCUAUAAAUGUAAGCAUUGUGGCAAAGCUUUCUCUUAUCCCACUUACCUCCAAUGUCAUGAAAGAACUCAUACUGGGGAAAAACCCUAUAAAUGUAAGCAUUGUGGCAAAGCUUUCUCUUAUCCCACUUACCUCCAAUGUCAUGAAAGAACUCAUACUGGGGAGAAACCCUAUAAAUGUAAGCAUUGUGGCAAAGCUUUCUCUUAUCCAGCUCCCCUCCAAGAUCAUGAAAGAACUCAUACCGGAGAAAAACCCUAUGAAUGUAAGCAUUGUGGCAAAGCCUUCCAUAGUCGCAAGUACUCUCGAGAACAUGAAAGAACACAAUGUGGAGAAAAGCCCUAUGAAUGUCAGCAAUGUGGUAAGACUUUUAAUUUUUCUACAUCUCUUAGACAUCAUGAAAAAAUGCAUACUGGGGAGAAACCCUAUGAAUGUAAGCAAUGUGGGAAAGCUUUCAGACAUUCCACUUCUCAUAGAAAUCAUGAAAGGAUGCAUACUGGGGAGAAACCCUAUGAAUGUAAGGAAUGUGAGAAAGCCUUUUUCUCUACCAAAUGUCUUAGAGAACAUAAAAUAACUCACCAUGGAAAGAAGUCUCAUGAAUGUAAGGAAUGUGGUAAAAGUUUCCUUUAUCCCUAUUACCUUAGAAAUCAUGAAAGAACUCAUACUGGGGAAAAACCUUAUGAAUGUAAGCAUUGUGGCAAAGCUUUCUCUUAUCCAGCUUCCCUUCGAUGUCAUGUAAGAACUCAUACUGGUGCCCUAGCCAGUUUUGCUCAGUGGAUAGAGUGUCAGCCUGUGGACUGAAGGGUCCUGGGUUCGAUCCUGGUUCAUUUAUCUCUCAGCUCUACCAUCAUGUACGAUAAUCCAUAUUGGGAUGGACCCUAGAAAUAUAAGAGGGUUGGAAAGCAUUCAUUUCUUCCAAUUUAAUAUGAAGGAUGAAAGAACUCACUGAAGAGAGGCCCUGUCAUGUAAAGAUGGUAAAAGAGCCUUUGGCCAUCCUAGUUCUUUACAAAAUCAUGAAGGGACUCACACACAACAAUAAGUGUAUGAACAUAAGGAAUGUAGGAGAACCUUUACUGGACAUGUGAAAAUGUACCUGUAGAAAUAGUGUACACAUAUAGUGAAGAUGGGAGUCUUCAACUGUCCCUUUUGCUUGGAAAGGUCAUGAAAAAACUCAAAGUGGAGAAUUGUAUUGAAUGUAAAAAUGUAGGAAAACCUUCAUGUUGCCUCAUAUCCCUAUAAUACCAUGUGAGAAUGUACACUGUAUAAUUGACAAUUAAAACAAACUUUAAAAUUUUAACAAAUACUUUCAAAGUAGCUUGAACACUGCACUGAAAAGAAAUCCUAUUAGUGUAACUAACUGGUACAUGUAAGCCUGUUGCAAAUUAAGUCAUAUACUCCCCAAAACUCACAGCAUUAAAGAAGUUCUAUAAACUUUUGACAUAUUUGGUCAUUAUCAGUACCCAUUAUUUUUUUUUGUUAGCUUUUAUAUUACUUUUUUAAAGUGAGGAAGGGAGAGAGAGAGUAGAGAGAAACAUUCAUGUGAGAGAGAAACAUAGAUGGGUUGUUUUCCCAUGUGCCUGACCAGGGAUAGACUCUUCUACCCAGUGAUGUGCCCUGACAGGUAUUGAAUGAAUAAGCCCUACACACAUAUGUGUUCUCUUUUAAUUUUUGAAUUGCACUUGAAAUUCACUACUAUUUUAGCUAAUAAGUAUUUGCCAUAUAUUUGUACUUACAGUUCACUGGAGAGUCCCAUGUGAAUUAUUUUCAUGGUUGGUUUUUGUGUUGCUUUUAGCUGGGAACUGUGCUAUGAAGUUUACAUUAAGAAGAGAAUAUUUUAGUUUGUUUUCCUCAAUCUUUGUCCUGCCAGCUAAGAAAUCCUCAAAACUGCCCGCCACUGCUUGACUUCCAUUGAUGUCGGGUGUAAGCUUUAUAGAUGUUCACAAUUCAACAUUAAAGAUCCACUAUAGGUUGGCUUUUCCUGCAAGCCCAUAGGUGUCCACCAUGCAACAAAUGCAGACUGUCAUGGUUGAGAUUGUUUUCUGAAAAGUAUGCACUGUUCGCUAGAUUGAAUUUGCAUGAGGUCUAAUUUGACUAGUAAUCAUCCUGUCCUGUUGAUACUACUAUUGACUGUGAUUCAAAUCCCACUGUGACAGCUACAGUGAUGCAGUGCAAAGGAACCACAGGACAGUUUUAAAGUUCCUUCUAGCCAAACAUCAACAAAAUCACAUCCCUAUUUUUAAAAGGGAUGUAAUUAAAUGUAUUCAAAUAAUAUAAAUAACUAUAAACU